ACUUCCUUGACCUUUUUUGCUUCUUGUGCUGCUUCAGGACUCUGGGACUGAAGUUUAUAGAAAAUAGGUUAAGAUGGACGGAGUCGCCCCCGCUGAGUCCGAGUGGCUGACGCAACUGGCGGCCAUGCGCCAGGCCAUUGCGGAAUUGAAGCUCCCCAAAGAGCCCGCCAAAGAUCAACUCAGCUACGGAAGUGAUUUGGAUUUGGAUCUUGAUGAAGACUAUUCAUCCCCAGGAACGGUGGAUGAUAUCUGGGACAUCAUUAGUUCCGACGAUGAGACUGGUGAUGAGCUGGAUGAUAUUCACGGUGUCGCCCUCCCGCCGACCACCAGCCCCUACGACCAUGCCUGGCUGGAGGAGAAAUGUCGAAGCCUGGCUUUGCGGAAAUCUGGACUGGAUGCCACAGAGCUAGCGCAGCAGAUUACUGCUGCACUAGCUGCCGACAGUGGUGACGAUGAGCUGCAAAUGUCAUUGGCCGAAAUAGUUGGAUUUGACGACCUGGACUUAGUUAUCGAGUUGAUUACGCAUCGGGGAGAAAUCCUCACGCGUAAGACAAUGGGAACUGAAGCUCAAACAGAUGGCCUGUUUGCAGGAAAUCUCCAGACCAAAGCAGAGCGGGAAGAGGCCCUGCGGAUUCAAGACUACGAGCACAAAAACGCCUUGUUGUCACCGGCACAGGUGAGGCAGGAGCCAAAAUAUCCUCAUGUUUUUAAGGCACAUGACUCGAGAAACCUCCUCGCAGUAGGUGGCAAAAGAUACGGCCUGCCUUUGGGUAGUAGGGAAAUCAAUGAACCGAAAUACACCGAAUUUGAGAUUCCAGCUUCUAAGGUGGGCACACUGGGAGUUGGACAGAAGUUGGUGGAAAUCGCAUCGCUGGACGGGCUAUGUAAAGGCACCUUCAAAGGCUAUAAGACGCUGAACCGGAUGCAGAGUUUGUUGUUUGAGGUGGCCUACAAGACGAACGAGAAUAUGUUGAUCUGUGCACCAACUGGUGCUGGUAAAACUGACGCUGCCAUGUUGACCAUCCUGAACGCGAUUGGAAAGAACACAGUUCCCAACCCUCUUGAAGAACCAGAUGCCACGGACUUCGCUGUUCAAGUCGAUGAUUUCAAGAUCGUUUACGUAGCUCCGAUGAAAGCUCUGGCGGCCGAAGUCACCGAAAAGCUGGGAAAGCGACUCGCGUGGCUAGGAAUCCAGGUUCGCGAACUUACUGGUGACAUGCAACUGUCAAAGCGUGAGAUUGUGGAAACUCAAAUCAUUGUCACAACUCCUGAGAAAUGGGAUGUGGUGACGCGCAAAAGCACGGGUGACACUGAACUCGUGCAGAAGGUGCGUCUGCUGAUCAUUGAUGAGGUCCACAUGCUUCAUGAUGAACGUGGUGCAGUUAUCGAGUCUUUGGUAGCUCGUACUCAACGUCAAGUUGAAAGUACUCAAUCCCUUAUCCGCAUCGUCGGCCUCUCUGCAACACUACCCAACUAUGUCGAUGUUGCCGAUUUUCUCAAAGUGAAUAAGAUGGCUGGUCUAUUCUAUUUUGAUGGAUCUUUCCGGCCAGUCCCCCUUGAACAGCACUUUGUUGGAGUCAAAGGAAAACCGGGAUCUAAGCAGUCCCGUGAAAAUCUGGAUACUGUGACUUUUGAGAAGGCCCGCGCAAUGUUGGAACAAGGUCAUCAAAUCAUGGUAUUUGUACACUCGCGGAAGGACACAGUUCUAACUGCUCGAAUGCUAAAGCAAAUGGCUGCUGAGGAUGGAUGCGAGGAUUUGUUCAGCUGUCAGGACCAUGAAAACUAUUCAGCUGCCCUCAGAGAUAUGAAACAAGCUCGUGCCAAAGAACUGCGGGAUUUGUUUCAAGGUGGAUUUGGCGCACACCAUGCUGGAAUGAGCCGAAGUGACCGCAACCUGAUGGAGCGAAUGUUCUCUGAGGGUGUUAUCAAAGUUCUUUGCUGUACUGCGACACUUGCUUGGGGUGUCAACCUUCCCGCUGCCGCUGUAAUCAUCAAGGGAACACAAUUAUAUAACCCACAAGAAGGUAAAUUUGUCGAUCUCGGCAUCCUUGAUGUUUUGCAGAUUUUUGGUCGUGCCGGUCGUCCCCAGUUCCAAGACACGGGUAUUGGCUUUAUCUGUACAACUCAUGACAAGCUGAACCACUAUCUCUCCGCGGUCACUUCGCAGCAGCCGAUCGAAUCCCGGUUUUCUAGUCGCUUGGUAGACAAUCUCAAUGCCGAGAUCUCCCUUGGCACUGUCACAUCGGUCCCGGAAGCAGUGCAAUGGCUUGGGUACUCCUAUCUCUUUGUACGCAUGCUACGUGAUCCCCGCAAUUACGGAAUUGACUGGGCCGAAAUACGUGAUGAUCCCAUGUUGGUUCAAAGACGUCGUCAGUUAAUUAUCCAAGCAGCCCAUGUGUUGCAGAAAAGCCAAAUGAUCAUUUUCAACGAGAAAACCGAGGACCUCCGGGCCAAGGAUGUUGGCCGUAUUGCAAGCCAGUACUAUGUCCUGCAGAACAGCAUUGAAAUUUUCAAUGAAAUGAUGCGACCUCGGGCAGGUGAAGCGGAUGUGUUGAGGAUGAUCAGUAUGAGUGGCGAAUUUGACAAUAUCCAGGCGCGAGAAAAUGAAUCAAAAGAGCUUACGAGGCUACGUGACGAGGUCAUUCAGACAGAAGUAGAGGGAGGAAAUGAUUCCCCUCACGCCAAAACAAACAUUCUUCUCCAGUCUUACAUUUCUCGAGCGAGGAUCGAGGAUUUUGCUCUGGUCUCUGAUACCGGUUAUGUGGCUCAAAAUGCAGCCCGUAUCUGUCGCUCCCUCUUCAUGAUCGCACUCAAUCGUCAUUGGGGCUAUCAGUGUCAAGUACUUUUGUCACUGUGCAAGUCUAUUGAAAAGCAAAUUUGGCCUUUCGAUCAUCCGUUCCAUCAAUUCGAUCUGCCACAACCGAUCCUCAGGAACCUGGACGAAAAGCUACCAUCAUCAUCACUUGAGUCAAUGAGAGAGAUGGAAACUUCGGAACUUGGGCAACUUGUUCACAAUCAUCGCAUGGGGAAAACACUAUCAAAGCUGUUAGACAACUUCCCUACCCUCAGCGUGGAAGCGGAAAUCGCACCAUUGAACAGAGACGUUUUGCGUAUUCGCCUAUCUCUUUAUCCUGAGUUCAGCUGGAAUGACAGGCAUCAUGGAGCCUCAGAGUCAUACUGGAUUUGGGUAGAGAACUCUGAAACCUCGGAGAUCUAUCACCAUGAAUACUUCAUCCUUAGUCGAAAGAAGCUUUAUGACGAUCAUGAGCUUAACUUUACGAUCCCAUUAUCGGAUCCAUUACCGAGCCAGAUCUAUGUUCGUGCUAUCUCGGACAGGUGGUUGGGCGCGGAAACUGUUACCCCUGUUUCAUUCCAGCACCUGAUCCGCCCAGACACGGAGAGUGUGUACACAGACCUUCUCGACCUGCAGCCACUUCCUAUAGCGGCUUUGAAAAACCCGAUUCUCGAGGAACUUUACGGACAGCGCUUCCAGUUCUUUAAUCCCAUGCAAACUCAGAUUUUCCACUUGCUUUAUCAUACGCCAGCCAACGUUCUUCUCGGGUCCCCGACAGGAAGUGGAAAAACAGUGGCUGCGGAAUUGGCAAUGUGGUGGGCUUUUAGAGAGAAGCCAGGCUCCAAAGUCGUGUACAUUGCACCUAUGAAAGCCCUUGUGCGUGAGCGAGUCCAGGACUGGAAGAAGCGUCUUACAGUGCCUAUGGGAUUGAAGUUGGUUGAGUUGACCGGUGACAAUACCCCCGACACACGAACAAUUCGAGACGCUGAUAUCAUUAUCACUACUCCUGAAAAGUGGGACGGUAUCUCUCGUAGCUGGCAGACCAGAGACUACGUGCGAAAAGUGAGCUUGGUGAUAAUCGACGAAAUCCAUUUAUUGGGUGGUGAUCGUGGUCCAAUUCUGGAGAUUAUUGUUUCUCGAAUGAAUUAUAUCGCGUCACAGUCUAAGGGAUCCGUUCGGCUCAUGGGCAUGUCUACUGCAUGUGCCAACGCGUCGGACCUAGGAAAUUGGCUGGGAGUUAAGGAAGGACUGUUCAAUUUCCGCCACUCCGUGCGCCCUGUCCCAUUGGAGAUUUUCAUUGAUGGUUUCCCUGAACAACGUGGGUUCUGUCCUCUUAUGCAGUCUAUGAACAGGCCAACUUUCCUUGCCAUCAAGAAUCAUUCACCUGAGAAGCCCGUGAUUGUUUUUGUUGCUUCCCGAAGACAGACGCGCUUGACAGCCAAGGACUUGAUUAAUUACUGCGGAAUGGAAGACAACCCUCGCCGUUUUGUUCGCAUGUCUGACGAGGAUCUUGAACUAAAUCUUGCCAGGGUCAAGGACGACGCGUUACGGGAAGCACUCAGCUUCGGUAUUGGGUUGCAUCAUGCUGGUCUGGUCGAAUCUGACCGACAGCUAGCUGAGGAACUCUUCGGAAACAAUAAAAUUCAGAUCCUUGUGGCGACCAGUACUCUGGCAUGGGGUGUUAACCUUCCUGCGCAUCUUGUUGUGGUCAAGGGAACCCAGUUCUUCGACGCCAAGAUCGAAGGUUAUAGAGAUAUGGAUCUGACAGAUGUUCUGCAGAUGCUGGGUCGUGCAGGACGUCCACAGUUCGAUACAUCGGGUAUUGCGCGUAUUUUCACCCAAGACGCAAAGAAGGCAUUUUAUAAGCACUUCUUGCACACAGGUUUCCCUGUUGAAUCGACGCUACACAAGGUCCUCGACAACCAUCUGGGCGCCGAGGUGUCAGCAGGGACCAUUGGAACACAGCAAGAUGCUCUUGACUACCUUACUUGGACAUUUUUCUUCCGACGACUACACAAAAACCCCUCGUAUUAUGGCCUCGAGAUCUCCGCGGAAGAGCAUAAUACUAUGGCUGCCCAGACGAUCGCCCAAGACUACAUGAUCGAAUUGGUUGAUAAGUCAUUGGGUGAGCUGGCGGAAUCAUCCUGCGUGAUUUUGGAUUCCGCUACUGGUGAAGUCGACCCGACACCCUUUGGCAAGAUCAUGAGUUACUACUAUCUGUCUCAUAAAACGAUUCGAUACCUGAUGAGCCACUCAAAGUCCAACCCCACUUUCCACGAUGUGCUGAGUUGGAUGUGUUCCGCAACUGAAUUCGAUGAAUUGCCAGUUCGGCACAAUGAAGACCUGGUCAACGCUGAACUGGCCCGAAACUUGCCACUUUCUGUUGAGCCGAUGGGAGAUCUUCCCAUGUGGGACCCUCAUGUGAAGGCUUUCUUACUUCUCCAGGCAUACAUGUCGAGAAUCGAUCUUCCGAUCUCCGAUUAUGUCGGUGAUCAAACCUCUGUUCUUGACCAAGGUAUUCGUAUCAUCCAGGCAUCGAUCGAUGUCAUGGCUGAAAUGGGUUAUCUCCCUGCCUGCCGAAUGCUCAUGACCUUGCUCCAAUGUAUCAAAUCUGCUCGCUGGCCCGACGACUACCCACUGUCGAUCCUUCCGGGUGUCAACGUCGAAGAAAAGCCUCGUGCUCUCCCAGAGUCCCUGGUUGCCUUGUCAUCUCUUCCUGCAGCUUCAGUGUCUUCUCUAGUCAGAAAGUUGAACUUGCCAGCAGCACAGUUUACCAAAGCGACGUCGUAUUUGCCGCAGCUAUCCAUUUCCGUUUCAAACGUCUCUUCCACUGCCAUCAAUCUAUUCUUGACCCGCCGCAACCCCCCAAUGGAUGCAGAAUAUAGGAUCUACGCUCCUCGAUUCCCCAAGCCGCAGACCGAAGGUUACUUCUUGAUUGUUUGCGCCGCGACUCCGGAUGGUACGGAUGGAGAGAUGCUCGCCCUGAAGCGUGUUUCAUGGCCACCAGCUGCAAAGCGAAACGGCUACAACAACCGCGGUGGAGAAUCCAGCCAGAAGGCUGCGGACAAGAACAACCGUGGUGGAGAAUCUAGCCAGAAGGCUGCGGACAGGAACAACCGUGGUGGAGAAUCCAGCCAGAAGGCUGCGGACAGGAACAACCAAAAGAAUGGCCCACUUACGACUCGCUCGUCCAUCAAGUUUCCCCAAGCCUGGCUGGCACAGCAGGCAGCCGUCUCCAAGGCCAAAGUUAAUGUUAGGGUUAUCAGUGAUUCCUAUCUUGGCAUGGAAUGGUCUCUUAACAACGUGGAGGUGGAAUUGUCACCUGAAACACAGACUGUGCCUGAAUCGUCAAGCUUCCCUGCGAAGGGCUGAUUUAUAUAAAUAUUUCUUUCGGUUCUAGGUCGAGAUCACUAUUAUUUGACUCUGCAAUAUAACCACAUGAAGCAGCCUUCAAUU